GUAGGAGAAGCUGACCAGGCACUUAGGAAGGAGGACCUGUCCAAGCAGGUGCUCUCAUCUGAUUGGUCCAUUGCUGAUCAUUGGAGGGCUGCUGAGGCAAAGGGUCUCAAUGAAAUCCCAAAGGGACUUGAAAAUAAAUAGGCAUGGGUGGAAAAGGGGUUUAGAGGGAGUGGCUUAAUUUCCAUUAGGCCCACCAAAGAAGUGCACCAACAUGCUAUGAAUGGCCCUCUUUGCGAGUGGGAAGUGUGCGAAAUAAAAAGGGAGCAAUUUUGAGAGGCGCAAUGUUGUUCAAGUUUACAAAUGGUAAUUUAGGGCAUGCGUAACAUACUUAACCUCUGCACAGUUUAGCUUUACACGCUUUACAGGCCAGCGCAGGUUGUGAAUGGAUUAAAUAAAACUAGUAAUGAGAUAGUUAACCUUUUUCAAAUGCAACGGGACACAAGGCAUUCAUUGGAUUUGAAUUGUAUUUUAGUUUUGAUUUACAACUGUAAAGAUCUUCUUACAAGCAAAUAGGGUAUUCAAAGAGGGUUUUCAUGACUUCAAAGACGGCUUUGCAAUGAUUGUACAAAUUGUGCCGAUGCAAUAGUGGUUAUGAGCAGACGAUGAAAUUCAACUUUGAAAAUAUUUCAAUUCUUUAAUCUCAGUUUUUGAAUGUUAAACAUUUGCUGAAAGAUAGUGAGGUGAAUGAAUGUGACAAAGCUGUUUCCAUGUUAAACUUGUCCCUGUGAGCAGUGAUCAUCUGAACUGUACAGAAAAUUGAUAAAAACAGGGUGAUCAAUAGUUUUUGUCAUCAAGUAUUGUGUGUGUAUUUUAUCUGCACUUGAAUAAAAUUGGAAAUACUAGUUCACUUGCGCUAACGCGGACAGGCCAUUAGUUCCAUUGGCAGUGUGUGUUACAUUUCGGAGUGAGUGACAUUGGAGAUUUGUCAAUAUAAGAACAGAUCGAGCGAUUUCCAAAAAACAGACUGCGGGUGCUGACUGUAGUGUAAAUGUUCUGCGAUGUUCACAGUUCAAUGUUGACGGGAAACAAUGUUGCCUGCUGCAGUGACCUCAGAUCCGCAGGGAACUGAAAAGAGCUGCCACCCACAGACGGUCUGUGAGGGGUGGAGCCCACUGCAGCGCCCCACUCUGUUGCCGCGGCGACAGAUUAUGGUGGGGCACCUGCCAUCAAGAAGGCAUGAACUGUUAAACUGCUUCUAUAAAGAGCACUUAUCACUCAACUCAGGUAUCAGAACUUUUCUCACGGGUGUUAUUUCAACGGCGACGAGACGCUGGUCGCUUACCUCAGACUUUGUACAUUAAUUAUUGUUUACCUCGUCAAUCAUGGACCUUACGGGAAAAGGUUUCGCCCACGCUCCUCAUAGCUACCUCCAGCACGCUAGCGGACUCGCGGCCCCGUACAGCUUUGCUCACACACCUCUCACCACUUCCAUGUUUAAAACGGGUCAUUCACUACUGAGCCCCGUUUACUCAGGGACGUUAACAACAUCGCUAUCACCUUCCAGUAACUCACACACAUCUUUUAGUAAUGGCCAUAAUAUCUCAUCUCUUCAUCGUCAUGUAGAAAAAAAUACGCCGGAUUCCGCUGCUGCAAAGUCGCAAAUCUACGCAAGUCCUGCGCCAGUAUUUAAUCGCCAUAAGGAUUCCUUUCCGUAUGGCAUCAGUGGCGUUUCAAUGCCGAACUACAACUACCAUGGCGAUGUUUAUCAAUUUACUUCAAACGGGUAUCCACGAAAAUCUCGCACCUGCAGCUAUUGUGGAAAGGUCUUUACACGCUCGACAACGCGGCGAUAUCAUGAGAAACGAUGUCCGCUUCUUCGGGCAGCAGUUUCGAGUUACAUGGGCGACGAAACCUCAGGAUCUUCUAACACAACCUCUCAGUCUGCCGCAAGGGGCGCGGGAAACAGUGUAACACAUUCAUACAAAGGUCCAGGACAACCCCUGGGCACCUCACAUUCAGGAACGAAGAGAUCAAACGAGCCUCAGGAAGCAUCUACCUCAAUGUUGAAUAAAUCACCAUCAAUGGACAGGCGGUCCGGCAGUGACGGUGGCAUAUUAGGCGGGUAUCAAACCAGUGUCAUUGUUAAACAAGAGCAUCAUCAGGAAAUCAAGGCCUUAGCCAGCAUGACUUCAAAUACCUCAAAGCACUCUCUGACAGAGAGCGCCGAUUCUGAAGUCUGCUUGAAGAAACAAAAAUUGGAUUCUAGCCACAUCAUGUCGCCUGGAUAUCGGGACUCUGUUAUGAAUCUAUCAUUAUCAAAAUCUCCCCUCAAUAGCAUCAACAGAAAUGACAAUAUGGGGUCAGGAUUGAAUGAAAACUACCUACUAGGCCCAUAUGGAUCGAGAAUUCAAGAAAGGGAAGGGGCUAUAGAGGACAAGGCAUUGCCUUCACUGCCAACCUCAGACCGAGAUCGCUACAAGGUCGAUCUGACCACGGCUGAAUCUGAGGAUGAGUUGGAAGAAGAAGAAGAUGAUGACCUUAGACCAGGUUCAGCCUCAUUUUCAACCAUCAAUGGGCAGGACUACAAGGCAGAUCAGCUGUCUGAAAUUGGGAGUGUGCAGGGUGAGUCCGAAUCUAUCACGUCAGAAAAACGCGAUGGAAAGAUGUACAACAAUCACAAAUGUGGAAUAUGCGGUAAAGGCUUUGAGAGCUCAGGGAAACUUCAUCUGCAUGAGCAACUUCACACUAAGUUCAAGCCUUACAGCUGCAAGUUUUGUGACCAAAAGUUUGCAAAAGCCGCCCAGCGUGUAGAACACGAGAAAACGCACAAUGGGUCGGAAGAGGUGACGCAUAUAUGCGCUGUCUGUGGGUCGUCUUUCACCCGGAAGUACAGUCUGAAGCUGCAUAUGCGUCGCUGGCAUCAAGAAGGCCCCUGGCUGUGCAGGCACUGUGGGAAGGCCUCGUUGACACAAAAGGAUCUUAAGACUCAUCUUUAUUCACACAAUCUACCAAGACUUGAGCGGGAGUCGCUCCUCUACAUGCCCGAUACACCUCACAACUUUGGGGCCUCAAACGCUGAAUCUGGGAGCGAAAAAAUGGGUGAACAUAGUGACCGAGACGUGGGUACCGCUGAUGAUCAACCAGCAAAUGCCUCAAAUGUACAGGAUAUGGAGAUGUGUCAGGAAUGUGGCAGAGAUUUUCCAAAAGGGUACCUUAGAUAUCACCUGAAGUCUCAUGAGGCUCAGAAACCCUACUCCUGCCCGAUCUGCGCAAAACGGUUUGGCUAUAAGAACAAUAUGAAAUCUCAUAUAAAGCUUCAUACGGGUAUAAAACCAUUUCAGUGCAAGGUCUGUGGCGCCAAGUUCACCAGGGGCUCAACAUUGCGGCGACACGCGCGUCGUCAUGGUAUCAUCGCGGACUCUGUGUGGGACCUGUUUGUGAAGCCGAACUACAACAAGACAGGGGGUAGCUCCACAAGCACUGGGGCCAGUAACUCAAGGAUAAGCAAACUGCAGGAUACGCAUUCUACCUCUAGAAACGAUAGCUCUUCAGGUGUGGGAGCUGGCUCAAGUGUGAUGGAAAACGUGGAAUCUAACUACCUCGCUAAGACUCUGCCGUCCACUCCAUCUCACUCCAGUCUGUACCCGCUGUACGCUAGCCUUGCACAUGUACCUCAUCUGGGCUUGUACCCAGGUCUGACAUCUACCUCGUAUUUCACACAACAUUUACCUCAGCAGGCCUCAAUCUAUGCCGCCUCUAGUCAACAGAUUCAGCCGCCACAGCAGUUAGAUGCCUUAAAUCUCAGUUUGAACAAGGGUUCCAUCAUCGAUCAAAGCGACCAAUCAAGCUUCAGCAACAUAUCGGCUGAGCGGUCACGCUCCCGAUCUCGGUCACUCAGUGGUUCGGACAAUCGACAAAUGCUUCACGCGCCAGAUAUUCCCCUGCAGCAGAGGGAUGCAGGGACAUCAAACAUGGCUGUACAGGUGAACCUGUGCAGCUGUUCCCCCCUUCCGCCUGCCCAGCAAAAGCAGAACGCCCUGAUGAAAACAAAGUUCAUGGGCGAAAUGGGGGCUCAGAAAUCUGACGAUGCUUCUGGAAGUGCGGGAUCAAACCCUCCAUCACUUACGCCCACCUCUCUUCAACAGCUGCCAUCCUCUCCGUCAGCAAUGGCGGUUGUGCCAUACUAUGGGUCGCCCCCGUCCCAGCGUGAGUCUUCUUCCCCUGCCUUGUCCGUGUCCUCCAUCAAGGACUACUCGUUGGAAACCAUCUCGUCCCUCAUCAGCACAGGUCGCAUGUUCAAAUGUUUCCCAUGCGAGUGCUAUUUCUCGGAGUAUGCUAUGUACCGCAUUCACUCCAAGCUGCACAUUAAUGACGACACAAGGCCGUUUGUGUGUGUGGUGUGUGGGGAAGACUGCCAUGACAGGGUCUACUUUGCUUUGCAUCUGUCCGAACAUCUGCGCUGACAAAUCAUCAUGUUCAAAAGUGUCAGGGCUGCUGAUGAGAUGUUUCAUCCAUUUUCAAAAGUGUCAUGGCUGCUGAUGAGAUGUUUCAGCCAUGUUCAAAAGUGUCCGGGCUGCUGAUGAGAUGUUUCAGCACUUUUGUCUAUUUGAGAGGCUUCUGAAGGUAGAAUAAUUAACCAAAACAAAGUGUCUUGUUUCUGUAUCUUCAAAUUUUGUGAAAGGGUCAACUGUUGAAUUCUAGAAAAUGUAACUAUUUUAUGAACUGUAAAAUCAUUUAUAUUCGUACGCAGAAUAUUUGUUGUUGUUUUUUUCUUCAAUAAAAACUGUUUUGCAGACUCAUAAAUUAGUGGAUUUCUGAUUUGAAAAAAAUAGAUUUUUUGUCUUAAAUUUUUCCCAUGUGUUGAAAAUCGAGAAUUGGUCAAUUUAUAAAAUCAACAACAAAUGUAUGUCCCACAAAUAACAAUGAUUGUACGGUAUUUUUAUAAUAAUUAUCAUAGAAGUCUUAAAAUUAAAGUGGAUGAUUCAUGGAAAGCGUUGUCGUCUCAAACAACAGAAGUGAAGAUUUAAUUUCGAGGCACUGGUCAACUUUAUUCUUGCUUGUUGAUGACAUUUUCUGAGGUAACGGCAUGUUAGUGGUGAAAUUAACAAACAAUUUCCCAAAGUGGUUAUUUUGUUUAUUGUUAAAUGUAUUUACAGACAUCAAUGAUUCAGGGACAUAUAUAUUGUGUUUUUAUGUUUUAUAUAUUAUCAUUGUAUGAAAAAUAGUAGUUAGUGGAGUUUCAUUGAUUCUUUGUAAACUGUAUUGUGUUUUGCUUGAAUUAUAUCUACAGGAUUUUCUCAUGUUAUGUCAAUAUUUAUGUAUCUAAGGAAUACAACUUGAAUGUUUUUAGUGUGCUCAUUUCUUAGGAGAAUAUUACUUAAGCGUUUUAAAGCUAAAUACGAUUGAUAUAAUUGUGUAUGUUUGUUGUACUAUAGUUAAUCAUGGUUAUUCAAUAAGUGUAUGAUCACCUCAUGUGUGUAACUUUUGUUAUAGUAAUCAUGUUUUUCUCAUGUCCAUUUUAUUAUCUUUCAUUGAGACAAACUUGUUGCCAUAUAUAUUUUUCUUAAUAUUUUCAAUAGUAUACAUAAAUCAUGUUUUACUAGAUGUGUAUGAUACAUUGUGUUUAGUGCUUUUACACCGUUUCUUUCUCUACACAAUGAGAUGUGCUUAAAUUGGAUGUCUUCAAAUAUCAAAUGUUAAUAUUUAAACAUUAACUUAAAAUGUUAAUGGCAUGUCAAAUGUCAACAGUUUUUUCUAAUUUAUUGCAUAUUAUGACAAAGUUUGCAUCAGAGUGUCCUUUAUGAAUGUUAUGACUGACAUGACAGAAAAUUCAAGGAAUAUUUUGUAAUAUGCAUUUUUGCAGUCAUUUGCGUGCUCAAUAUGUUUUAUAACUCUGUUUUGUUACAAACAGACAUUAUUUGCUUUUGUACUUAUAAUAAAUUAUUAUAGUAACAAAUAAACCUCAAAGUUAUAUUAAAAAAUCAUAAAAUUUUAAAAAUAUUGUAUAGCUAAAUACUUUACAAAUUUUAAAAGACAUGAUCAUUCAACAACUAUUUACUUAGUUAUAUCCAUGUGUAUUGAAGUUGGAAUAAAAAAGAACAUACAAGUGCUAUCUGGACGUAUUCAACUUAUGUGUAAAAAGAAGUUAAGAUUUGUACAUACAUUUUUGAUAUUUUUUUAAGUGCUAUUCAAGCUUAAAUGUGCUGGAAUUUUACCGGGUAUAUGUUAAAAUUAAUUAUAGUCACUGUGGCCAAGUUUGUACCAUUUAUUAACACUGUUUGUGUUUACAUUUGAUUGAUAUGAAAGAAAUCAUUGAAGAUUGAAUAACAAUUCUACUAACCUCUUAAGUAUAGUUGCAUUAACCUAGUACAUAAAAAUAACAUACAAACAAUUUUUAAGUCAAUUAUGGAACAUAAUUGUAGAUUUCAUAGUAAUGCAAUUUUCAUUGUUCAUGAAUAUUGAAAACAUGUACAACAGGCAAGAAGAAUCAUUGUAACUUAAUUUACUUCUGAUUUGGUCAAAAAUGAGUCCAAAACAAUUACCUUAACAAGUAAAAAAAGUAAAUGUAUUAAUAAUUAGGUAAAGAAAUUUAAAUGCAAGUAGGUAUUUUGCCUGUUUCAUCUCUUUUGGGCAGCUAAGUAUUUGCAUAUUCAGGUUUUCUUUUGUCAGCAUCAUUUGUCAGAAGACCUUUGCAUGCUAUAUAAUUAUCACCUUAUUGAUGGCAGUGUUUGGCUUUUAAGUACUGGUACCAUUAUAUGAAUGCAAAUCUGGACAUAAGUAUGCCACAGUUUUUGUUGUCAGGUCAUUGUUUAAAAGCAAAAUCAUGGCACUAAAAUUUAGUUGUUGUUGUUUUUUUACUUAUGGGUUUGGGUAACAUUUGUUGAAGUUUGACCAAAGAUACCAACUUAUAUCUGAUAUAUUUAAUACUAUACAGUUUUUGACACUUUUUCAAAUAAACAUGUGCUUCAAUAACAGAAGUGAUUUAAAAAUAAUACAAUGUAGAUUGAUAAACAUUACUUGAACAGUGAAUAUGCUGAAUUCUGAAUUUUAAGACUUGAACUUUUA